AUGCUGGAAUCAUUAAAUCCACCAACUUCACCUCCAGAUAUAGCUACAGAUCCACCAACACCAUUACCUUCAUCACAAGCUGAUUUCAAUCUACAUUCUGAACCACCAGAAGAACCAGAAGAAAUAGAAAAUGGAACGAAACAAGAUGAUGAAGAACAUAUAAACAAAAAACAAAAACCCAAUUCAACAGCCGCCACAACUGAAACUACUCCAGUACCGACAUCAUCAACUACCACAACAACUAAUCCACCAAAAAAGACAAGUGCUGAACAAUUAAAACGAAGAAGAGAAAAUAGACAAAAAGCAGCAGCAGCAUUAGCUCAAAAUUUAAAAAAUUCAGGAGUUGCAAGAUAUGAACAAGAAAAUGGAUUUGGAUUAACAAGUAUUAAACCAAUUGCAUUAUUAAAUCAAAAAAAUUAUUAUACAGAAUAUUUAAAAAAAGAUGAACAAGUAAGUUUUAUAAGAAAUUGGAGAUAUGAAAGAGAUUUAGCUGCAAAAUUAAAAAAAUUAAAACAAAGUGGUGGGAAUGAAGAAGAAAUUAAAAAAAAUUUAGAAGAAAUUAAAAAUUUUGAUGAUUUUGAUUUAAAUAAUAUUGAAAAUGAGUUAAAGAAGAAAACUGAUGUUGUUGUUGAUGAUGAUGAUGAUGAUGAUGAAGAAGGUGAAAAUGAAACUGAAGAAGUAAGACAAGAAAAAGCGAAAAUUGGAGAAGAUGUAAUAGUGUUACAGCCUGGAUCUACUUAUAUAAGAAUUGGAAGAGCUACAGAUGCUGUUCCAAAAAUAAUACCGAAUGUUAUAGCAGUUAGAAAUAAUAAACCUAAGUUAGAUGUAAUUGCACCUGAAAGACAUAUAGAUGAAGAACAUGAUAAAAUUAUAAUAGAUGAAGAUUUUGAUGAACAAAGAGCUUUAGUAUCAAAAGAUUUUAGAGCUAGAAUGAGAUUUUAUAAAAGAAGAAUAAUACCGAAUUCAAGAGAAACCGUUGCAGGAUAUAAUAAAAAACAAGAAUCCGAAAAAAUACCAGAUCAUAAUGAUCCAAAUAAAAAAGAAUGGAUAAAACCUGAUUCUUCAAAAAAAUUUUAUGCUGGAGAAGAUGCUUUAAAAUUAAUUUUAGAAGAUGGUUGGAAUUUAAGAUAUCCAAUGAUUAAUGCUAAUUUUAAUGAAUAUUCAAAAGAUUAUAAAUCUCGACAAGAAAUCUUGGGAGAUUUAACAAAUAUUAUAAAAGAUUCUUUACAAAAAUUAUUAGAUAUAAAUGAUGUAUCUAAUUUAAAAGUAAUGCUUAUUAUACCUGAUUUAUAUGAUAAAACUUAUGUUGAAACUUGGAGUGAUUUAUUAUUAAGAUUUGUUGGAUUUGGAAAAUUAGGUAUACUUCAAGAAGCAGUAGCUGCUACAUUUGGUGCAGGUGCAUCAACUGCAUGUAUAGUUGAUGUUGGAGCACAAACUACAAAAAUAAGUUGUGUUGAUGAAGGUAUGAUUAUAAAUGAUUCAAGAAUUUUAUUAAGAUAUGGAGGUGAUAAUAUAACAGAAACUUUUGUAAAAUUAAUACUUGAAAAUUGGUUUCCUUAUAAAGAUAUUAAUUUAUUAAAUUCAUAUGAUUGGGAAUUAGCUAAAAAUUUAAAAGAACAAUUUAUUACAUUUCAAGAUGCAGAUAUAGCAGUUCAAUUAUAUAAUUUUUAUAAAAGAAAUCCAUUUCAACAAACCGAAAAAUUUGAAUUUAAAAUAUUUGAUGAAGUUAUGUUAGCUCCAAUGGGAUUAUUUUUCCCACAAUUAUUUCAAUUACAAAAAAUUCCCAAAAAAAAUAAAUCACUGAAUCCUUCCAUUUUUAGUUCAACAAAACCAAGUAAUAUAAGAUUAAAUCAUUUAUUCCCCAAAGCGUUAGAUCAAUAUAGUGGUAAAUCAAGUAAUCCUAAACUGAAAAGUCAAGAUAAAUUAAAAACAAAUUUAAAUUAUUGUGAUUUAGAUGAAAGAAAUUUAUUAUUAAGACUUAUAGAUAAUGAUAAUGAAGAAGAAAAAGAAGAUAAUAAUAAUUUAAAAAAAAUUGAAAGAUUUAAUAAUAAUUUAAAUUUAAAUAAAACACCAAUUGAAAAAGCAAUAGUUGAAUCUAUAACAAAUGCAAGUUUAUCAAGUGAUAUAUCAAAAAUGAAAAAAUUUUAUGAUAAUAUUUUAAUUGUUGGAGGAGGAUUAGCAAAAAUUAAUGGUUAUGAUUUAAUAUUAGCUGAUAGAAUUAAUAUAUGGAGACCUAAAUUUUUAUCAACUACAUCAUUUGAUUCAAUAAUGGAUCAUUUAACAAGUGAAGUUAGAAAAAAUACUUUAAAAAAGCGAGAAUUAUUAGAUGAAGCAAUAAAAGAAGCAAAAGAAGCAAAACAAUUAGCAAAAGAAGAAGAAGCUGCUGCCAAUGGUGAAGAUCCUCAGCCAGAACCACCACAACAACAACAAGAUGAAGAAGAAAUUGAAUUAUCUCAAGAAAUUCUUGAUUCUAUAGAUUCACAAACAGAAUUAAAUUUAGAUAUAAAUUAUUAUGAUCAAAUUUCUGAAGAAGGUAAUCAUAUACCAAUAAAUAUUUUACCAACACCAAGAGAAUUUGAUCCUUCUAUGUUAACAUGGAAAGGUGGAUCAGUUUAUUCAAGAUUAAAAGUUGUUAAUGAAAUGUGGAUAAAUCAAAAAGAUUGGGAUUUAUUAGGUAGUAGAAGUUUAUAUUAUAAAAGUAUAUUUAAUUAUUGA